AAUUGAUUGAAUUGAAAGCCCCAACUAUAGUUAAAAGGAUCAUAGAGAGAAGUUAUACGCGGAGCGGACUCACCUAAUCCAAAGGUUAUUCAGAAAAUUUCGAAGAAUCGACGGCGACCGACGAGAGAAGCGGCGGUUGGACGGCAAAACGGCGGGGGUAACCACCAGCUGCUAGCACCAGCACAACCACCGGCACAGCCACGAUGUGCGGAUCUGGUCUAGGAAUUUGCAGGAAGAUAGAGUAGACGCGCGCGGCAGCAUGUCGUUCGUUCAUCUCACUUGGUCACUUCACUUAUGUCGCCAACUCCCACAUCGACGCCACGCCACUACACGUGCGUCCUUUCCACGACGCUCUCGUUGGAAUCUCAUCCCAAUUUGGUUUUGCCGCCGCUUGUACCGUUUCAGGACGGAUGCCAGGUUCUCUUUACCCUUGGGGAAAGCCACAUCCCCUGCAGCUGUCCCUGAUCGACCCUUCCUGCAUGAAAUGGCGAUCUCCACAUCCUUGAUCAAGUCCAAC